AACGUCAUGGUUGGGAUACAGUCUGGUUAACUACGAUGUUGCAACACUGUAACAACGGAAGGUUGAAUCUGGAUCAACAAAAGGGAAGACAUUUUUUCAAAAAAAUACACGAUCACUAAGUUUUUUAGACUGCAUAAAAACGCGCUUAACUUUCAGGACGGUGAGUUUUUAAGUAUAUUGUCAUUGAAACGGCAACAUGUCAGUGCAGCGUCUGAUGCUUAAGUGCUAGUUAGUAGCAACAAGUGAAAUUCUGAUGAUAGAAGCUCGCCCAAGGAAUGCCAGGAAUGCAGUUAACUUGGUAUUAGGUCACUUCUGUUUCAAAUCAUUGAAUAGUUCUUUAUCUAUUUUUUUGUAAACAAAGACGUGUAGUUGUGAUGAUAGGCUACUUUAUACAUACUUUUUUCCCUGCCCUCAUCUGUUCCUCACUUUUCAAUAGAAACCCCAGUUGGCCUAUUGGGUGACCUUCUUUACAAUGCAUGGAUAUUAAUGUUCAAUCCAGUGACAACAUGCUAUUUGAGGAGGAAGAGAAGGACAAGACAAACCCGGGGAAUGAAGAGGAUAAUGUAUCAGAGAAGAUGGUUACUGUCAACUGGGACCAAUGGGACAGGCUACUGCUGCCCUCUGUGUCCAGACCAGAAUCACUGGACUCUGGUCUGGACACAGUGUACGACAGAACCACUGUGAUGAUUGAGCAAGACCCAUUGGGGUCUAUAAUUAACAAUAAAGAGGAAGAAGAGGACCUUAUGUGUCUAGAUGAGGGAUUUGAGACAGAGGGCCGUGGAGGUCUGGAGGACCACUGGGAGGCCAUGGCCCAGGGCUACGUCCACCACACCAUCUCCCAGGAUCAGAUCCAGUUCACUAUCAACCCUGGUUCCACACCCAUGCCACGGCAUAUUCAGGGGGCGACCAUCACACUGCACUCAGAGUGCCCAGAUACACACCAGAAAGAGGUGAAGCGUUACCAGUGUCUGUACGAGGACUGUACUCGUACUUACAGCACCGCGGGGAAUCUGCGGACCCACCAGAAGAGGCACAGGGGCGAGUACACGUUUGUCUGUAACCAGCAGGGCUGUGACAAGGCCUUCCUCACUUCAUACAGCCUAAAGAUCCAUGUCCGUGUUCAUACCAAGGAGAAACCCUUUGAGUGUGACCAACAGGACUGUGAGAAGGCCUACAACACACUGUACAGGCUGAAGGCCCACCAGAGGCUCCACACCGGGAACACGUUUAACUGUGAGUCGGACGGGUGCACCAAGUACUUCACCACUCUGAGUGACCUGAGAAAACACAUCAGGACCCACUCCAAGGAGAGGCCUUUCAGGUGUGACUUUCCUGGUUGUUACAAGACGUUUACUUCUAGUGAUGACCUUCAGACACACUCUGUGGGACACAAAGGAUCAGGGGAGCCGGCCCUCCCUCAGAUGGACACAGACGGGGAUAACUCCCUAAGUUCCUUGGACAGCAUGAAGGACAAAGUGACUGGUCCACAGCCAGGAUCGUCAGCUGACAUCACACACAGCCACACCUCCUCACAGGACUUGAAUCCUCGUUCCCCGUGUCUCAGUGAUAUGAGCCUGAUUUCCACGGAUUCUCAGCUCCGAGAAAAUAAUUCUGAUGCCCUGGAUCGGAUGUUUGAGUUGCUCUUUCAAGACCAGUCCCAGCCACAUGAUGUGUCUCCCAUGGCAGUGUCCUCAUGUAGUAUGGAGGACCCCUCUCCAACUGUGCUGCCCACAGAUACAGCUCCUUCUGUUUCCUCCACGCCAUUGUCUGACCCUGCUGCAGGCUGCCUACUGCCCCAUGCAAUCCCUGGCUGUAACCCUGGGGAACCCGGUCCAGUUCCUGUCUCUUUCCAUCCAAUGAUCUAUGAAAUACCUAAACAUGAGGUGAAUCCAGAACAGCAGCCCUCCAACCAAAGCGUAUUGCCACAGCCAGCAGCAUCCAUUUAUUCCAAACCAGGCCACAAAGAGAGCCUACUACCACAGCAGGACAUCCUAUGUCAGCAGAGCGUCCUACCACAGCAGAGUGUCCUACCACAGCAGGAUACCCUACCUCAGCAAAGUAUCCUGCCACUGGAGAGCAUCCUACCACAACAGAGCAUCCUACCGCAGCAGAACGUCCUAACGCAACAAAGCAUCCUGCCGCAGCAGAGCGUCCUACCACAACAAAGCAUCCUGCGGCAGCAGAACGUCCUACCACAACAAAGCAUCCUGCCGCAGCAGAACGUCCUACCACAACAAAGCACCCUGCCGCAACAGAACAUCCUACCACAACAAAGCACCCUAACGCAGCAGAACAUCCUAACACAACAAAGCAUCCUGCUGCAGCAGAGCGUCCUACCAGAGCAGAGCGCCCUACCGCAGCAGAGCGCCCUACCGCAGCAGAGUGCCCUACUGCAGCAAAGUGUCCUACCACAGCAGAGCCUACUAGACCCAUCUUCCAAACCUUCCAUCCAUUCACAGUCAAGCACAGGUUCCCACCCCCCCAUCAGCACCUCGCUCUCCCUGGGGCACAUCUCUCCCUCAAGCACCAGUGCACAGAGUGCCCUCCAGCCAAUCACCAUGUCCGCUCAGAACCUCCAGUGGCUCCUGAACAGUGUUGUGGACCAGGGGCGUCAGGACACACAGACACCCCUAGUACAACCAUACAGUGGCUCAACAGUAGAGAAUGUCUAUUUUACCACAGCGACGCCUAUGGAAGGAGACUCAGCUGUGCAGCACAUCGGCCUGCGUCUGCCUGUCAUCGUCAUCAGACAGGGAGAGUCCUGCCAGUGUCGAUGCCCCUGCAAAGACGUCAGCACUGCAUCAGACGUGGAGAAACAGCCUGGUGGUCUUGCUCCAGUUGAACCCCCUGGUGCCUGGGUCCAGCAGCCCCAGAACCCAGCACCCCAGCCCCAGAACCUCCCUCUACAACAACCUCCACCAGUACCUCCAUGAUGAAAAUCCAAACUUCUGAUACCUUCUCAAAUGAAGGCUUUGCUAUGUGACUAUCUUUCUGUGGUUAAUACUGCAACACUGUCCCCAUAACUGACCUUAACUAACAGUAUCCAAGCCAAACCUGACUGGCUGUUGAAAGUCGAAAGCAAUUGUCUGCUUUAUUUUGUUGUGAAUCGGGGUCAAUGCAGUUCAUGAACAGGAUUUUGAUUUGAUUUAUGACAUGUCUGGUAGCCGUCUGUUAUGAGUGGGGCUGGAAUAGUGGCUGGCCGCUGUUUGUAGAGUGGAAAUCAGUUGACUCAAGCUCCCACUGGAAACAUUAAGGGUGACCUUUAUUCUUGACAGCGUAGACAGAAAAGCACAGUUGACAAAACAAGGCAAUCAUUCCCCAUACAGUACUCACUUAGCAUAGCAUUUUUUGCGUAAUGCGUGUGGAGUGCAGUUAUGCAUUUUGUGCAAUCUGUGUCUGUGCCGUUUAACUCUGAAACCGCAGAUGAUUUCUAUGUAUUAAAGGUUGUCAAAAACAAUUAA